AAAAGAUUUGGCGCGACUGAAUACGACGUCGUUGAAACGAAAACCCUCAAGCGGUAGAACUCUCUAACCUGUCGAGAGUCUCCUCAUGCCUUAGUCUGUGCGGCGUCUGGAACGAGAGAAACCACCAGAGCACAGGAGAGAAACCAAGGAGAUAGAUAUAGGCUUCCCUCUACAAUCUCUUCAAUCUCUAGAAGAAGACGUUGUUCCAUCCGGACAUGGAUACCGAGACUGUUUCAAACGCUGUGAUAGAGAAUGAGUGUGUAGAGGACAGCGAUGAUGAUAAGCCUAUCGGGUUCAAGAGGACAAGCGGUGUUGUUUCUAAUUCGAAUCAAUCAAAAUCCAAUACUCAGAGAAGCAAUGCAGUGUCUCCUUUGAAGUCUCCUGUGACGACCCCUAAUGGAACCACUCCUUCCAAUAAAACUUCUGCAAUGACAUCUUCUAAAGCUUCAACAGCAAAGUCAUCGUUGCAGAAUGAAGAGGACAGCGAUGAUGACAAGCCUAUCGUGUUCAAGAGGACUAGUGUUGCAUCUAAUUCAAAAUCCAGUACUCAGAAGAGCAACGCAGUGUCUUCCACCAAGGUGUUACCUUUGAAGUCUCCUGUGACUGGCCCAAAUGGUACCACUCCUUUGAAUAAAACUUCUUCUUCUAAAGCUUCACCAGCAAAGCCACCAUUGAGGAAUGAUACUACGCCCUCUGCUGUUAAGGGUAAGAGCCAGUUAAAGAAUGAUCAGUCUGAAUGUAAAAGCGAGCGUGAGGAUUCGGAGGAUGAGAGACCUUUAAGUUCUAUACUAUCUGGGAACUCCAGUCGCUCAAAUAAAGGGCCAGCCUCUUCGAAGCAGGUUUCUUCACCGCAGCCAGAGAAAAAGAAUACUGCCGGUCGACCUCUUGGUGGAGCAAAUAGAGUCGUAAAAGACGAGUCAGAUGAUGAAAAACCAAUCUCGUCAGUGUUCCAAAAGAAGACUGGCAGUAGUGGGAUGUCAGGUAGCAAAAAGGUCUCCAGUGAUGAAAAGAAACCUUUGACGAAAAAGCUGCAUCAGAAUGGUUCUGCAGUUAAGAGCGAAGUGCCGGAUUGUAAAGUCUCAGGUAAGAGACCUCUGGAGAAGAAUCAUCCUGCAAAUGAAUCUUCCUUGAAGAAGCCCAAGGUCUCAGCUUCAAGUACAUCAGGGAAGAUGAAACAAGAAUCUGUUAAAACAGAGAGUUCUGCUGAUAAGGGAAGGGUUUUGGUUUCACCUACAGCCAAGAGAGCGAAACCAGUAUCUACCAAGGAAGAUGUCUCUGAUGACGAUGACGAUGUUCCAAUAUCCAAGAGACUCAAAUCAGAGUCCUCCAGCAGUAAAGUAUCAGCUGCAAAGCCUAAAGCAGUAAAAGGAAGUUCUACAUCAGCUGCAAAGACGAAAGUAACAAAAGUGGUUUCUCCUCCGUCCAGGUCCAGGACAGUGAACAAAAACUCCAAGAAAGUAACGAAGGAUUCGAAAUAUUCCUCGUCUUCCAAAUCUUCACCUUCCUCUAGUGAUGGGCAAACGAAGUGGACGACCUUGGAGCACAACGGAGUAAUUUUUCCGCCUCCGUAUAAGCCGCACGGCAUCAAGAUUUUGUACAAGGGGAAGCCAGUCGACCUAACAAUCGAACAAGAAGAGGUUGCAACAAUGUUUGCAGUGAUGAAAGAGACGGACUAUUACACUAAACCGCAAUUUAGGGAGAAUUUUUGGAAUGACUGGCGAAAACUGCUUGGGAAGAAGCAUGUGAUACAGAAGUUAGAUGAUUGUGACUUCACUCCCAUAUAUGAGUGGCAUUUGAGAGAGAAAGAGAAGAAGAAACAAAUGAGCACAGAGGAGAAAAAAGCUUUGAAAGAAGAAAAACUGAAGCUAGAGGAGAAAUAUAUGUGGGCUGUUGUUGACGGUGUAAAAGAGAAGGUUGGUAAUUUCAGAGUUGAACCGCCUGGGCUCUUCAGAGGCCGUGGAGAGCAUCCCAAGAUGGGAAAAUUAAAGAAGCGUAUCCAUCCAUCUGAUAUCACCAUGAAUAUUGGGAAAGGUGUUCCUGUUCCAGAAUGUCCGAUCCCUGGUGAAAAAUGGAAAGACGUAAAGCAUGACAACACAGUCACGUGGCUAGCUUUCUGGAAUGAUCCCAUUAACCCAAAAGAAUUCAAGUAUGUGUUUUUGGCAGCUAGCAGUGCCAUGAAAGGGCUGAGCGACAAGGAGAAGUAUGAGAAAGCCAGAAAUCUCACGAACCACAUAGACAGUAUAAGAGCAACUUACACGAAGAAUUUCACAUCCAAGGAUGUUGCAAAGAAGCAAAUUGCCGUUGCUACUUAUCUCAUUGAUAAACUGGCACUCAGGGCUGGAAAUGAGAAGGAUGAUGAUGAGGCAGACACUGUUGGUUGUUGUACAUUGAAGGUUGGAAAUGUGGAAUGUAUUCCUCCAAAUCAAAUAAAGUUUGACUUUCUCGGUAAAGAUUCAAUCCGGUAUGAGAACACAGUCGUGGUUGAGCCUCUUGUUUACAAGGCCAUUGGACAAUUCCAGGCUGGAAAAUCCAAAGAGGAUGAUCUAUUUGAUGAGUUAGACACAAGCAAAUUGAAUGCUCAUCUUAAAGAGCUUGUACCUGGUCUCACAGCUAAAGUGUUCCGUACAUAUAAUGCUUCAUUCACAUUGGAUGAACAGUUGAAUGAAAAGAUGGGAGCUGGAGAUGUUACUCAGAAAGUAGUAGUUUAUCAGCAAGCAAACAAGAAGGUUGCCAUAAUCUGUAAUCAUCAGCGUGCUGUUUCAAAGUCACACAGUGCACAAAUCGAAAAACUGGAUGCGAAAUUGAAAGAACUCCAGAAUGGUCUUGGAGAGCUCAGAACCAAUCUCAAGCGAGCUAAAGAGGGGAAACCACCAGUGGAAGGUUCUGAUGGAAAGAAGCCAAGAAACUUAGAUCCAAACGCGUGGGAGAAGAAGAUAGCUCAACAGGAAGUAAAGAUAGAGAAGAUGAAACGAGACAUGCAAACAAAAGAGGACUUGAAAACAGUGGCGCUUGGCACGUCUAAGAUAAAUUACCUUGAUCCUAGGAUAACCGUGGCAUGGUGCAAACGUAAUGAAGUACCAAUCGAAAAGAUAUUCACCAAGUCUCUACUGGAGAAGUUUUCAUGGGCAAUGGAUGCAGAACCAAGCUUCAGAUUCUAGUUAUUGCUGGAGGUAAAGAGAAGGUGUCUGAGUUGGGGCAAGUAUGGUUGUGAAAGGCAUUGAAGAGCAAUGGAAGUGAAUAAGAUAAAGAGCAAAGAGGAAAAACCGGCCUUUGUUUUAGAUAUUUAUACCCCAAAAAAAAAAAAACUCAAGCUGUUGUUAAUUUUAAUUACGUAACUUUCAUUUUUACCAUUUUCACCGUGACUUGAAUGUUAUGUUACCUUUUUAGAUGAUAGAAAAUUUGAUGAAAAUAGUUUCCGUUUUUGAAUAGUUAAGGCUUUGAAUGGUAACUGUGGUUUGAGCGGUGCGGGACAAGUGGUUUAACUGCGGUGCGGUUUUAACAGUUAUAUGUUAUAUGUAGAGAUUUUUGUUACUGUUAAUUGCAGGGCGGUUCGUAACGUUGGAAGGCUAAGUCACUUAUGAUUGUUGGAAGUUGAGUAGGUUUCUCUCUCUUUCAUAGUCAAUUUACAUUACAAACUUUUUUAACUUGACAAUGAGCUCCAAAAAAAGUUAAAAAUAAAAUAAUUACUGUAUUUGACUUUAACCGGGCGAACAUAAGGAGGAUAAAAAAAGGUUAGAUUGGGCUAUUUGUUUGGCCCUCACAACAUCGCGCGGAUCCAAAUCCAGAUCAUACCAAGGAAGAAGAAGAAGAGACGCACCAUCUUCCAUCUCCAAGAGGGAGCUUUCAUUUGAAUCUGAAUUGAGAUGGGAUUCCUAAUAACAAGCCUAAUCUUCGUGGUCGUUGGGAUAAUUGCUUCUUUGUGCGUUCGAAUCUGCUUCGCUAGAGGCCCUUCCACAAAUCUGCUUCACUUUACCUUGGUCAUUACUGCGACUGUCUGCUGUUGGAUGAUGUGGGCGAUUGUAUACAUUGCGCAGAUGAAUCCUCUGAUUGUCCCAAUCCUAAGCGAAACAGAGUAAAAUAGUCUACUCGGACUAAAACUAGAGAAAAGUUAUGCGCAAUUCCGGGUUGGCUACCUUCUUCUAUUUGGAUCCUUGUUGUGUAUCUUCAAUCUUUUAAACGGUUUGUAAUUCUUUAUCUUGGUGGUGUGAACAAAUCGAAAAACUUGUUGUCUCUGUAUUAUUGAAAAUUUUCCUUGUAUUCUCAGUCAGUUCCCAAAACAGCUGAGAUACUCAGAACAAUGUAUUGUUUGAUGAAAUAAUGUCUUUGACACGUC